GCUGGUGCAAGCGGCGCGCGCCUUCGCUCCGGGCCAAGGCAGAGUGAGCGGCGGGCGUCCGGGCGCUGGGCUCCCCUGCCCGUCCGCCCCUUCCCUCUCCCCGCUGCCGCUGCCACCCGCCCCUCCGCCAUGUCCACUGGCUCGCUGAGCGACGCGGAGGACCUGCCCGACGUGGGCAUGCUGGCGUGCGACGGCGGCGGCGGCGGCCUGAAGCUGGACCGGCGCUCUUCGGCCACGCCGCCCGCUGCGCCGCCCGCCCGCCACGACGAGGGCCCGGCGGGCCAGCGGGGCUCCCCGGGCGGCCAGGGCAGAGGGGGCGGCGCGGGCAAGGCCCGCAAGAAGGCGCCGCCGGGGGGCAAGCGGAGCCCUCCGGGGGGCGGCGGGGGCGGCGGCCCCGAGGGCAAGCAGGUCCAGCGCAACGCGGCCAACGCGCGCGAGCGGGCCCGCAUGCGGGUGCUGAGCAAAGCCUUCUCGCGCCUCAAGACCACGCUGCCCUGGGUGCCGCCCGACACCAAGCUCUCCAAGCUCGACACGCUGCGCCUGGCCUCCAGCUACAUCGCCCACCUCCGCCAGAUCCUGGCGAGCGACAAGUACGAGAACGGCUUCAUCCACCCCGUCAACCUGACCUGGCCCUUUAUGGUUGCUGGCAAACCAGAGAAUGAGCUGAAAGAAGCAGUGAACACAACUCGGUUGUGUGGUCCUACAGCAUCCUGACCCAGGAAUUUCAAGCAUGGGAAAACCAAUCUUCUGACUAUAUGUGCAGGUGUUUCUGCAUGUGUGUUUGCGCACAUGCAUGUGCAUUCACGUGUGUACGGACGGUGGUGAUGGGGCAUUAAGAAAGAGACAAGAUUGCUUCCCUGUGGGAAAAAAACACAAAACUGAAGAGAGGACCAAAUGUACCAUGCCAAAGAGGAAAAAACUAAACAAAAACUAGCACCCGAAGAGCAUAUAUUUAACUUUAUUAACUUGUAUAUAUUUGAAUAUCCUGCAACAACGCCUUGCUGGUUCAAGUGCUGUUAUCUGGAUACAACCAGACUUUACCACUGCCUAUCUUUGUGUACUCCACCUUGUGAAAGACGGCGAUUCCUAGAAUCUAUUAUUCUGAUAGUCACAUCUCUCUAAAAGAAUUCACAUUAAAGAUAUUCUAUGGA